AUGUCUGCUGAAUUCCAAAAUUUCCUCAAAGAGAAAGGUAUUCAUUACGAGACAACUGUACCCCACUCACCACAACAGAAUGGUAUCGCCCAACGGAUGAACAGGACGCUCCAGGAAGCUGCUUUAUCAAUGAUCUUACAUGCAGGAGUAUCGAAGAGUUUCUGGGCUGAAGCAGUUUGUUCAGCAGCAUACAUAAGAAACCGAGUUAUCACAACAGCAACUGGAGUCACCCCAUAUGAGCGAUGGUACGGUAAGAAACCGGAUGUUUCAAACUUCUGUGUUUUUGGUUGCACUGCAUAUGCCCAUGUACCAGUUUCGUCACGUCAGAAACUCGACCAGAAAGCAUUGAAAAUGCGAUUCGUUGGCUAUUGUUUGACACAGAAGGGGUAUCGAUUGUACGAUGAGAAUAAACGUAAAAUCUUUAUCCGUCGAGAUGUUACUUUCAAUGAAACUGACUUCGGACAUACGAACAGAGUACAAUUGGAGGUUGAGGAAAAGGAUGAUGAGUGCUCUAAAGAAGAAUCAGAUAAGAAAUCACCUGAUAGCAGAUGUUCAGCGCGAGAAAGAAAGCCACCAGUUUAUUAUCAUGAUGAAUACGAUGGUAUCACAACAGCAAAGCAUACAGCUCUCUAUGUAACAGAAGUUGAAGAGCCAACAACGUUGAAGAAAGCUCUCGAAAGUGAUCAUGCGGAAAACUGGAAGAUAGCUGCAGACUCUGAAUAUCAAUCUCUAAUGGAAAAUGAGACCUGGGAGCUUGUCGAACUGCCACCCGGACGAAAGGCAAUUACCUGCAGAUGGGUAUUUAAAGUUAAACAUGAUGAAAAUGGGAAGAUCGAUCGGUUUAAAGGACGUCUUGUAGCGAAAGGUUUUCUACAAAAGUACGGGAUCGAAUUUGAUGAAACAUUUUCACCUGUCGUUCGCUUUACAUCUAUCCGAGCUCUUUUGGCGUUUGCUAUUUCCAGAAAUAUGUUUAUCCAUCAAAUGGAUGUCGUUAUCGCUUUCCUAAAUGGAACUCUUGACGAAGAUAUCUAUAUGGAGCAGCCAGAAGGUUAUGUUGUUCCCGGAAAAGAAAAUCUUGUGUGCCACCAAAAAAAAUCUCUCUAUGGAUUGAAACAGAGUCCUCGAUGUUGGAACAAGUCGUUCAAGGAAUUCAUGAUAUCCCAAGGAUUUGAGCAAAGUGCUGCUGAUCCGUGUGUCUUCAUUCGGAAAGUCAAUGAUCAACUUACCAUAGUUGCUGUACACGUUGACGAUUUCAUACUCUUAACCGAAACCGAGCAAGAAAUGAUCGACUUGAAGGCCAGUCUCGCAGCUCGUCUCAAGAUGAAAGAUAUGGGUAAGCUUCAUUACUGUCUUGGAGUAAACAUUAAAACGAUGGACUGUGUUUUGCAAAUGAGCAAAGAGCAGUAUAUUCACAAGAUAUUGCACAAGUACAAGUUAGAAGAUUGUAAACCUGUAUCGACGCCGAUGGAUGUGAAUGUGAAGCUGGUGAAAGAUGAUGGUUACAGCAAAGCAGUAGAUCCUGUUGAGUACCAAUCGAUGGUUGGAAGCUUGAUUUAUGCAGCUAUAGCUACUCGAUCGGACAUAGCUCACGUAGUUGGUAAUUUAGCAAAGUUUAACUCGUCCCUUAAUGAAGCACAUCAUACUGCUGUCAAACUUUUUUUUGCUAUCUGA